GCUGCCAGACGUCCAUACAACUGUCUGAUUUCUGGAUGUCAACUUCUCAACCAAUGUUGGCAACGUUUUGUAGAAUGGAACCAGCGUUGAUCACCGGAUAGUCACUGAAUUUCAGCUUCAUAUUUUAUUGAAGAGGACUACAGACAUUAAUGGUUACUAUUCCGAUCAUUCUGAAAGGAUUAAAGUUAUAUUUUAACCGCUUUCUGAAGAUUUCCCCAACCGAGGAAUAUAUCGUAUGAAAAUACAUUGUUUCAGUUCGAAUUUUCUGCAGCCUACCAUUCUGGUUCUGUAUUUGGAAUCAUUCUGUGGAUUAAGCAUUAAUGUGGAUUACAAAUCUUGAGGAUAACUGCAGAAAACGUCAAAGAAAACCAUAGAUGCUACGUCUCCCUGUACAGAAAAGGCUUAACACCCAUUUCCUUUUGUCUGGCGACCCUUCGCCUACCCGCACGUGGCUUUGAUUGACAGUAAAUUAUGUGCGAACUUGUCGCCUUUGGCGCGAUGGUCGAGAAAAUUAACUCCACCUCUCAAUUCUGAUUGGUUUAUUGCUGAGAAACGGGAACAUAACUAAGUACCCCACGUGGGUUUCAAGUCGAUAGCAGUGUUUGUUGAUAGGGCCAAUCAUUUGUUUUCCAUAUAAGGCAAGUUUAUUUGCCUACUGCUAUUGUUACUCAUAGCUAAUACCGCGUGCAGACUGUGCAAGAGUACGUGUGUGGCAUCUGGCAGUGUUCGAUCGCCAGAUUUUCGCGCACAUUUUGCGCGUUUAGUCGUGUUUUCACCACAUAUUCUAUACGUGUGCAUAUCUAGGAUACAAGAUACGGAGUACAGGUAUCCACUAACAGACAUUCUGGAGUCUAUGAACCUAUAAUCUGGGAUUUAUCAUAGUUUUUCGGACGUACUGCACGGAGCGACAUUGUUCGGAACACGAGUGCGCCUUCGAUUAUCUCUGGCCAGUAUACGGCCUUUCUUUAGGAUAAAACAUCAGCCGUGGAACUGUUCAGAUACGACGAGAUGUAUCCCAAUCCACGUGGUCCACCGCCCCAGCCGGGUCAGCCCUUCAAAUUCACUGUGGCAGAAUCAUGCGACCGCAUCAAGGAAGAGUUCAGCUUUCUCCAAGCGCAAUAUCACAGCUUGAAAAUGGAGUGCGAAAAACUUGCACAAGAAAAAACAGAAAUGCAGCGACACUAUGUUAUGUACUACGAGAUGUCAUACGGACUAAAUGUGGAAAUGCAUAAACAGACGGAGAUUGCCAAACGCCUGAACGCAAUCUGCGCGCAAGUGAUUCCAUUUCUCUCUCAGGAGCAUCAGCAACAGGUGGCAGCAGCAGUAGAACGGGCGAAACAAGUGACCAUGACAGAACUCAAUGCUAUAAUUGGGAAAGACAGCAGAGAGAGCUUUCAGGCCUAUGUGUUGCAACAGAUGCAAGCCCAGCAUUUACCACACGCCCACGCCCCGCCCAUCCCGAUGACGCCUCAUCCAGCCGGACUCCAGCCACCAAUGCCUCCUAGUUCAGCUGCUGGUCUGUUGGCCUUGUCAAAUUCACUGUCCUCACACUCGCACUCAUCAGGUGUGAAAGAUGAAAAAGACGACAGACAUGCGGCUGCUCACUGGCAUUCUGAUGAGAACUCCGGCUACCCUAAGAACACAAAGAAUGGUGGAGCAAAACACAGGAGAACCUCCACAUCACCUAACGACAGAGACAAGUAUAGUCGUAGUCGGUCGCCGGAAAUGAACGAUAAUAAGAAACGUCGGGUAUUGGAGGAGAAAGCAGUAAGUCACCGUACUUAUUCCCCGGAAAGUGACGGUGAAAAAAGUGACCAAGAUCUGGUUGUAGAUGUAGCAAAUGAGGACCCUACAUCUCCGUUGAAUGGUGAACGAUCUCCAAGAGAAAACGGCCCCGAUAAAGGCCACAAAAAAGACGGGCCUGUCAGUCCACGUAGCGAGGGGUCGUCUCAUGCCAGCACGCCCUCAUCCAAACAUAAGGAGCAUGACAAGCCGUCAACGCCAGUGUCUAAGUCAGCGACACCUACCAGUUCAGUCGCCCCUGCUCUAAGAAAUCCAAUUUCGUCCAUAGCAGGUGCAUAUCCAUUCAUUCCGCCACACGGUUCACACGGGAUGCCGUCGGAGUUGAGUCCAAAUGCCUACAACAGCAACAUGGUUCACAACAGCAUCUCGCCAGGGGCCCUCAACAAUUACCGGGCACCCAUGGUAAGUCCUGUACAAGCAUUCGACCCCCACGGAAUGAGAGCCCCUUUAUCUCAAAUUUCUGGCGGUAAACCUGCCUAUUCUUUCCAUGUAAGCGCAGACGGUCAGAUGCAGCCCGUGCCAUUCCCACCGGACGCCCUGAUCGGGCCGGGUAUUCCACGCCACGCGCGACAGAUCAACACUUUGAAUCACGGCGAGGUCGUGUGCGCGGUCACGAUUAGCAAUCCUUGCCGGCAUGUCUACACGGGCGGGAAGGGAUGUGUGAAAGUUUGGGAUAUCAGUCAGCCAGGGGGAAAAAGUCCUGUGUCACAACUCGAUUGCUUGCAACCAGACAACUACAUUCGUUCAAUAAAACUGCUCCAAGAUGGCAGGACCCUAAUAGUUGGUGGUGAAGCUAGUACGUUAUCAAUAUGGGACUUGGCAGCUAGUACUCCCCGCAUCAAGGCUGAACUGACAUCGAGUGCACCAGCCUGCUAUGCCUUGGCCAUCAGUCCAGACUCUACCGUCUGCUUCAGCUGCUGCAGUGAUGGUAAUAUCGCUGUGUGGGACUUGCAUAAUCAGACACUCGUUAGACAAUUCCAAGGUCACACAGAUGGCGCCAGUUGUAUAGACAUCUCGCCGGAUGGCACGAAGCUUUGGACGGGCGGCCUCGACAACACUGUGCGAUCAUGGGACCUGAGAGAAGGCCGACAACUGCAACAACAUGACUUUACAUCCCAGAUAUUUUCCCUCGGUUAUUGUCCGACGGGAGAGUGGUUAGCCGUUGGUAUGGAAAGUAGCAACGUAGAAGUGCUCCACCACACGAAACCUGACAAGUAUCAACUUCACCUCCACGAGAGCUGUGUGCUAUCCCUCAAGUUUGCCUAUUGCGGCAAAUGGUUUGUGAGCACGGGCAAAGACAACUUGCUCAAUGCCUGGAGGACACCGUAUGGCGCUAGCAUAUUCCAGUCCAAGGAAUCAUCAUCUGUUCUCAGUUGCGACAUUUCAACAGACGAUAAAUACAUCGUGACAGGAUCAGGAGAUAAAAAAGCGACGCUGUACGAGGUCAUCUUCUGAGAGUGGGGGACAACCGUAACGUUGGGAAUACCUCAGUGGAUUUUCUACACAUUGAUACAUUGCCAGAUGAGCGUUGAUGAGUACUGCCCAUUGCGGUACUCAUCUUAUGAGUACUCAUUGGUACUCACUUGGAUCAGGGAACCCGGCUGAUGAGUCCACCUCUACCGUGUGGCGUUUGAUGUAUAAUGCCUGCCAUGUUUAUGAAAAUAUUGCCGUGGCAUGUUACACAUUCGGAAUCUGAUUCUGUGUGGAUUAUCAUCGACUGGUAUACUAAUCUUCGUCAUCGGGAUUAUCUUACCAUGGAUUAGUAAAAUUCGCUGCGAGGAUAAAUGCAAAGGCCUGCCAUGUUAAAUAUUCGGUACUAGUGCGAGAUGGCAUUUUGGAGUGGACGGGCAUUUCUUGCGAUGAUAUCGGCUUGUAAAUAAAAGUAACGGGAUUCGGUUGAGAUGCUUGAGAUUAAUAAGAAUGCUCCGAUGGUGUGCGAGAUUGGGCAUGAGGCUCUGAUUGAGUAUGAGAUUGAGAAUGAGGCUCCGGUCGGUUCUCUAUGACUGGUCAGAUGAAGACGUCAUCUGUGAUAAUUACUAAUAGCGCUGAUUGUCAUCAAUAAAUUUUGUCUGCAAUCUUAUGAGAUUGUCUAUAAAGGCAGCAGUUUGGACACAUAGAUGGAUAAACAUUCUGCUCCUUACAACGCUACACAUGACAUGCUGCCCGCCUCGGGCAGGCAGCGAGAACUCUACGAGUUCGCCAUACCCGUCAACAGAUUACAUGACAUAAACUUUUCAAAUCAUGUUUAUAAUACAGAUAUUCGGGCGGAUUUAUUUGUCCUGAACUAUUCCAGAGAGAUUUGCGUUUGUAUUGAAAUCGUAUUCAGUAUCUCCGAAAAUGACAUUGCAGUGUUUUCCAAUUGGAUGUUUUGUUCAGCGUAAAAAUGGCGAUUUGUGAUUGUCAGUUUAGCAAAAUUUUGUUUGAGGGCAAUAUUUGCAUGCUAUUUUUUAAAGAAAAGCACUGUCCAGCAUUAUACAAAAGCGUUGUACAAAUACUUAACGAUGCAUUCUGUAAUAAUCCAUUUGGGACACUGCAAGUGGAAAUUCUCAUCACUAGGGCCGAGGAAUUCUAAAAUGUUGUGAAAUUUGAAAUUCAUAUCAAAAACUAAAUUUCGUGUACAUAGCGAGAGAAAUUUUUUUAUGUGAGUGAUUAUGGGUCAUUGAUGAUUCCAGAAAAAUAUCAUGGAACUAGUUUUUUUCUUCGAUAAUGUUUGCAUGUUCAUCUGCUGUGAAAUGUUUUCAGUUGCGAUCACGUCUGAAAUGGCCUGCUCAGGUGGAUUCGAUAAAUAUUGGUAACGCUGAUGCAUUUGGAGAAUGAGGGAGUUUUAUACCCAAAAGGUGGCAGCAGUAGAUACUGGUCCAAUACAAUAAAAAACGUAAUAGUAUCAGUUUCGUACACAAUUGUGUAUUGUAAACGACCAGGUGAAAAUGUCGAGCAACUUUGUCUUGCUUGUCUGUUCCUGAGGUUAUUGGUAUUCUAAAUUGCACCUCCUUUUGGCAGCAGUCGAUUAGAGGCAGUAUUCAUCUCGCCUAUACCUGCUGGUCUACUAUUAGCAUCACUGCCUGCCUGAUCAGACAUUCUAUUUGUAAACCCCACUUAGUUGAUUGCAGAGCCUUCAUAAUCAAGCAGCUUCUAUUUUUAUAUGGGUCCUGGGGAGAAGCAGGUUAAUGACAAAAUACAGUGCAACCUCCCUUUUUAGAGACACCUCUCUAUUAAAGACGACCUCUCUAUUAAGGACACUAGUUUUGCUGGUUGCUCAUAGGGAUGAAUGGGAUGAUAAACGAGAUGGAUACUGCCUCUGAUCAAGUGCUGCCUUUGGUGAUAAAUUCCCUCAUUGUAUUCCGAUCCUUAAGUGGUGCCCUCAGUAGCAUAAUAUGAGAACGAUUUCCAAGUGUUGGAACAACCUGUCUGUAUUCAGAUGUGACCAUUUUGUGUAGCACAGCACAUGUUGAUAAGAUUCUGUGUACUUGUAUAUUUUUACGAGUUGUGUUGGUGGCACACCUUCUCCAUGGUUUGUUUUCACGGCGGUGAUUCUAAUUGAUACACCAGUUACGGACCAGGAUGUGUAUUUACCGGAAUUUUUCACUAAAGAUUUUCUAAAGGGGCUAAAGGCACUUCUUUCAGUUCCUUCCGCCCCAGCCUGGUAAAACCAUGUGCGGUCCUGCAAGAUCUCGUGAUAUUUGGGGCGUUGAUUGCUCCAGAAAACGUUGCUACAAUCCAACCUUGUGUCAGGAAUUGGUGGAGGUGCACAAUGACUUUGGACGAGGCUGCUUUCACCCCUCAGUUUCACCAGACACGAAGAAUUCUGGUCAGGCUGUUGUGGUCUUGUAUAAAGCAGUGUAUCAAUUUGAAUCUCCUCUGGGGUUUUUUCCUUGCAUGCAUUGUGGUUUGAGGACCCGGGAUUUUUUGGAAAAUUUCCGAAAAAAAGUGUAGUUCACUUAAAAAAUAAACUCAAUCAUGGCACAAAUGUUAGCAUUCAAAAAUUUCCUAAGGAGUUUCCCAAUGAAUGGUCAUGUCAAAGUUUGUCAUCAUUCCCUGAGCAUUUCCUUACGUUUGGAGUAAUAAUAUGACAUUUAAAUCCUAAUAAUUGCACUGCCACUCUUUAAGGCCCAGAACUUUCCUUCCGUCUGUCACCCCUGUGUUGUAAAACCUGUCAAUGUCAAUGCUUACAAAUGAAACCAGCAGUUGAUGAUAUACUAUUACUCCCUGACUGUUCCAACAUUUCAAUGUUCAAAUGCCAUUACUGUGAAAAAAUCCUAUCCGAACUUACCCGUAUAUGGCACUUUGUCUGAACUUGGAUCACAUUCUUAAAGGCCUACGCCCUUCGUUAAAAAUUUGAAAUUUGUAAUUGCGUAAAUACGUACUAAAUUCAGAUAUACAAGUACUAUACAUACCAAGUUUCAGCUAAUUUGUAUGCAUGGUAAAUGCACUACGGCAUUGUGUAAAAUUGCAUUUCUAUUUUCCAGGACCACCAGUAUGGCGUACCCUUUAAGCUCAUCAAUAUUUUUCAUUGUAUAUUUCUAGAGCCGAUAGAUAGUAUUUUUUAUGCUCGUACUUUUUUGGCCAGUUGAGUUAAACUGUAGUUUGUGCCACCAACAAACCUCAAUGAUUGUUUAGCGUUUUCGAAUUGUGAGAUUUCCAAAUUCAUUUUGCUAGCACAUGCACUAUGGACUCUUCUAUCUAUACACUGCACUUCUUGCCUUCAUGCGAUGCAGACACUACCUCGACUAGGGCUAUCCCUAAGGUACUCUGGCUCCGCACAUGGGCCGACGAAAUUGAGAGUGACAAGAAAUUGGCUUGUAUAUUUCAUUAACCAACUUUAGUCCAUUUCAUGAAAAAGUAGCACUGCACACAAAAAAAAUUUAAAUUGUUGAGAAAAGUUGUCAGUAUUUUUGCCUCAAAUGAUUUGUACUUGGCCAUACUUUGUCCAAUUCUUGCAAGCUGAGCGCUUUUUUUGGACUUUGAAGUUUGAGAUGAAAUACGUGUAUAACAAUAUGUUCAACUGUAGCAAUUUUUGUG